AUUACUCAACUCAAAAACAGAUCUUUCUUUAAUUUCUUUGAAGUUCUGCUCUCAAAUUUCAUAACCCAUUUCUGUUUUUUUCUCUUCUGCAUCAAAAAAAUGAUGUUCAGGGGGUCCAUUUUGGGGUACAGAUGGGCUGUUUUGGUGAUCAUGGCGGUUGUUGUCGCAGCCGAGGACCCUUACAGGUUCUUUGAAUGGAAUGUGACCUAUGGUGAUAUAUACCCACUAGGGGUUCGUCAGCAGGGGAUUCUGAUCAAUGGACAGUUUCCGGGGCCUGAUAUCUACUCUGUCACCAAUUACAAUCUCAUUAUCAAUGUUUAUAACAACUUACCAGAGCCUUUUCUACUUUCAUGGAAUGGAGUUCAGCAGAGGAAGAAUUCAUAUGAAGAUGGUGUUUAUGGAACAACGUGUCCAAUCCCUCCAGGGAAGAACUUCACUUAUAUUUUACAAAUGAAAGAUCAGAUAGGGAGCUACUUUUACUUCCCAUCUCUGGCUUUCCACAAGGCUGCCGGUGGCUUUGGUGGCAUCAGGGUCCUCAGUAGGCCCCUCAUUCCUGUCCCCUUCGCUGACCCCGCCGGUGAUUUCACUGUUCUUAUUGGAGAUUGGUACAAGAUUGAUCACAAGGUAUUGAAGGCUGUUCUAGAUCGUGGUCAUAAGCUUCCUUUCCCAGAUGGCAUUCUGAUCAAUGGAAAAGGAUCAAAUGGUACUUAUUUCACUGUUGAACAAGGAAAAACUUACCGGUUCAGGAUAUCAAAUGUUGGUCUCCAGAAUACUCUGAAUUUCCGCAUCCAAGGUCACACAAUGAAGCUGGUUGAGGUGGAGGGGACUCACACAGUCCAGACUACAUAUGAGUCCCUCGAUGUCCAUGUGGGUCAAUCCUACUCUGUCCUUGUUACCAUGGACCAGACUGCUCAGGAUAUCUACAUUGCAGUGUCUACCCGUUUCACCUCCAAGAUCCUCACCACCACUGGCGUCCUCCACUACAGCAACUCCGGCAAAGCUGUGUCAGGUCCCAUUCCCGGUGGACCAACCACAGAAAUUGAUUUCUCUCUUAAGCAAGCCAGAUCAAUCAGGACUAAUCUGACAGCAAGUGGACCAAGGCCAAAUCCACAGGGGUCAUACCACUAUGGUCUGAUUAACAUUACAAGAACAAUCAAGCUAGUGAGCUCAGCUGAUCAGGUCAAUGGCAAGCAAAGAUAUGCAGUCAACAGUGUGUCAUUUGUGCCCGCUGAUACACCACUCAAGCUUGCAGACUACUUCAAGAUUGAUGGAGUUUUUAGGGUUGGCAGCAUCUCAGAUAGCCCAACUGGUGCAAAAAUGUAUCUUGACACAUCUGUCAUGGGUGCUGACUAUAGAGCCUUCGUGGAAAUCAUAUUUGAGAACCGUGAAAAUAUUAUCCAGAGCUGGCACAUUGAUGGAUACAACUUCUGGGUGGUGGGAAUGGAUGGAGGUCAAUGGACUCCAGAGAGUCGGAAUCAAUACAAUCUAAGAGAUGCUAUUUCACGCUGCACUACACAGGUAUACCCCAAGUCAUGGACAGCUAUCUAUAUGUCAUUGGAUAAUGUCGGAAUGUGGAAUAUCAGAUCUGAGUUUUGGGCAAGGCAAUAUCUUGGGCAACAAUUUUACCUCAGAGUUUAUACACCCUCAAACUCAACCAGGGAUGAGUAUCCCCCUCCAAGGAAUGUCCUGCUGUGUGGCAGAGCUGCUGGUAGAAGCACAUAACUACUCACAAAGACCAAAUUUCUUCUAAAAUUUGUAUACCCUUGAUUUUGGGUUCCACAAUUUGUUCUCAUACAGAGUUUAAUUUCUUUGUAACUACACAUUCUUUGUUAUAUCUUCAUAACAAUUCAAUAAAUGCAUGAAACUCGAUGUUAUAUUCCCCAUUUGGAUUUUGUCCUCCGACCUUUUAGUGAUGAAUAAACAUUGUAUAUGUUC